AUGACAGAGCAAGUGCCAUUUCUUGUAUCGUCUCCUACCAAUCUAUUGACGUUACAAGAUGUGAUAUUGGAUUCACCUGUUUGGAGAGCCAAUGUACUGCAUCUGGAAGAGCAAAUUGAUCAAUUUGAAAAAUGGAUCGAUGGAUUUACCCGUGCGCUCAAGAAUUACAUUGAAGCCAUCAACAAACACAAUACGCAAGCAAGCACACUCUGCAAGCGCACUUUUUUCAGCGGUCUUGAUGGUACCUUGAUAGAUAACAAGAUGGCAGGUAAUGUGGUCACAACGUUUGCUACCACGUUACAGUCAACAAUUGCAUACAAGAUGAAAUUGGCAUCCGACCUACAAGACAUACUGCUGAGCCCAUUGCAACAGCUGAUGAAACACGAUCUCAAAACCUUCAAGGAGAGUCGAAAGCAGUUUGAAAAAACACUUGAUAAAUACGAAACACAACUCAAUCGAUAUAACGUGCUCAGCAAACAAAAGGAAGCCAGUGCACUGCGAGAAGAUGCUUUUCAAAUGUACGAAAUGCGAAAACUCUACGUCAAAAGCAGCAGCGAUCAUUUUACCAAGUUAGUGUCAUUCAAAGCCAAUUUGGAAAUAGUGUUGAUUGAAUGCUUUUCAGGCGCUUUGCGUUCACAUAUUGAAGACAUUGAUGAAUCAGCUUAUUCGUGUACAGCAGCUCGAUCCAAAUUAGAUGGCUGGAAACAAUGGCUGGAUGAGAGUAAAUUGACAAGCAAGUACCAGCUAAAUAAGGUUCAAAGGCGUUGUACAGAGUUGCAAGAGUUAUACAUGGCACAGGUCAAACCCCAUCGUUCGCUAAAGAAAUACUCAACAGCUGCCAACGACCCCAUGCUGGCCGUGUCGCCUUCUUCCCAUACCACCAUGGACAGCGGCGACGAAGAGACAGCACCCACAUUGUCAUCCACACUAGCAGCCAAGCAACUGAAUCCAAACACGAUGGGUGUCAGCAGAAAAGCAUCCAAAGGCAAGCAGGGCUAUCUCAACAGUCGCAUCAUGAAUGGCAAGAGUCGAUCUCCUUGGGUGAGACGGUGGUUCUUUUUGCAAGAGGGAUGGCUGGGCACUUGCACUGUAUCUACGAUUCACAAGGAAAAGGGUUGUAUUGUGCUGGGAGACCGUAUUCGCAUAUCGGAAUGCAUCUUUCGUGUGUGCACGGAUUUGGACAGACGCUACUGCUUUGAAGUGACACACCCAAAAUGCAACUUUUUCCUACAAGCAGAGACUGAGCAAGACAUGCAGCAAUGGCUAUGGUCGAUUGAAUACAAUAUGCAACACCACGAAGCCAGGCCAUUACCGACAUCUCCCCAGCUCCUGUUGAGUCCAAAGGCAGCCCUCAUGAAUGAUCAAAUCCAUAAAGAAGAACAAGACGAUUCUUCUCCUCGUCUGGUCGCAAUGUCAACAUCUCCUUUACCUAGUCCCGAUGGAUCUCAGCAAAAGAACUUGACGCCCAUACUAUCCACCACAGCCUCUUCGUUGACGACACUGAUGAUCCGUGAAGGCAACCAUACAAAGGCAAUCGAUAUCAAGCAACCACAGCACCAAGACAGCAGCAAAAGUCAUGCGAGUACCAGCAGUAUCUCCGGGUCAUCAUGGAACAUGCCUUGGUUGACAUCAGGGAUCAACGCCUUCUCAAACUCGGAAGAGGAUUUGCAUCAGAAUGUGUCUGAUAACAGUAACAGCACUAGUAGUAGCAAUGAGUUGAUUGUUUGGCCCAACAAACUAGAGACCGAUGCGCCAAAGCCAGCUCUUUUCCACUACUCGGCUCGCUUGGAGACAGCACAGAAAGAGCUUCGAAAGCUGUUUUAUAAUGUGCCUCAAGACGAUAUUGUCAUUGAAACCUUUCCUGCCUCACUGUAUCGUGCACCAUCCACAGGCAAUUCAGAUGAUGCUAUUACUACGACUGGCAAAUCGACUACGUAUGGCUAUCAUGGCACUGCCUAUUUGACUCGGAGAAACCUGUGGUUUUAUAGCUGUACACUCAUGACAUGUGUUAACAUGAUUGUUAUACCCUUACACAAGGUCCACUCUGUCACCAUUGAAAAUACAGCUCACUCAAAUGGCAUGCUCAUGUUGAUAGAAGCCAAUGUCUCGGAGCAAAAGCAAAUCAUUCGCUUUGGACUGUGGUUGGAGAGUGCAGACGUGAUUGCAGAGAAACUAAAGCAGGCAGUGAGCAAUGCAACAUCGCAUGAUCCACAAGACACGCAACAACUAUACGACACCAUCCGAAAUAUAACAUGCGCCAAACUGCAAAAGAACAAGACGCCAGCAAGUCAUGUCACGACAUCCAGCGCACUGUAUGCAUCCGUAACACCAUUGACUGUACAAGCACAGCCUGUCAUGAUGCAGCCCAAUGCUUCUUCAUCCGCCACCACGCAUGCCCCGGACGACACUGAUGAUGGUAAUGACAACCAGCAGCACCAAAAGCUAUCAGACGAGGAAACGUCUCAAGCAACUCCACCCUCUGUUCAUCGCGGAUCUCCUGCUCAGGGUGCAUUAGCUGCUGUAGCUGCCAGGAGCCAGAAGAACUUCUCAGUGCUCAAAUCAGGCACAACACCCUCCUCAACUCCCAGAGUAUCUACGCCGCGCAUGUCAUCUCAAGACCAGGAACACGAUUUGCCGUCUCAUGUUCAACAGCCAGCCGAAAAAGUGAAUUGUAACUGUACCCAGCAUCUGGAUAAAGUGGAAGCUGAUGUUGUUCUUCAUGCCAACGCAAAGCAGGUGUUCGAUCUCUUGUUCAAGCAUAGUGACAUUUGGACCCAGCUGAAUGAAUCCAAGAACUACGGGCCUCCCACUGUCUCUGAGUGGCAGGACAACAAACGCACACUGCAAUAUUCAAUGCCUGUGUCCAAUCCCAUGGUAAAGGCAAAAGAGACAGACGUGACGGAAACGCAAGAAAUCAUACGGCAAAAAGAAUACACCUGCUAUGUUGUAUCGGUCACUACAAAGACACCCAAUCUACCCUAUGCGGAUGCUUUUGUUCCCACCGUCAGAUACUGCAUCACAUACGAAACUGCGUCGACGUGUCGUUUGGUGUGCUCGCUUGGUGUCGAGUGGCUGCGAAGCAUCUUUGUCAAGAGCAUGGUCAAUCGGGCAGCCACCAAAGGCAUGCAAGAAACUAUCGCAGGUGUACUACCCAUUGUUCAGCAAGCAUUUAGCCGCCAACAGCGCCAAGCGCACGCUGCUACUACACAGCCGCCUCUUACGCCACCACCAGCAAAUCGAUUGAAAUCUCUGCCAUCAACAACAGAUGAGCACCGCGGUCAAAUGAAACGCGCGCCUUUUGUAAGCAUAGUAUCGUUUGUAUUGGCGUGUGUUUGUAUUUUGUUUACAGUGUACCAACUUGUCAUCCAACAAAGAUAUCAACACUUUCUCGAUACUAACAACCAGAUGACGAUUACGUGGAGAGGCGUGUAUCUGAAGGACAUCCAACACGCUGUAGAGAGAGAGGUUGGACUGGACAAGGUGAACCAAAGCAUCUACGGUGAUUUUCAGGCAACGCGACAAGGCAUCACACACUACAAUUACGCAUGGUCAAGUAAACAGCACCGAUGGAUGGCAGCUGAAUUGGGCUAUUCCAGAGAAAGGCUAGGUGCUAUUCGCUAUGAGCUCUUGUCUACAUUUCGUGUCUUGAAUCAAGUGGAAUAUCAGCUCCUGGAAACAGAGUAUUGGAACUGGAUUUCUGAUAGACAGCUCGACUGUACAGAUGAUUGUGAUGCCCUUUUAAAAGAGAUGUCGUCGUCGUCGUCGUCGUCGUGA